GUAAUGGUCGUGUUUUCCAUAACAAACCACACAAUGACUUGCAAGCAGCGUUAAAAUAGUAAAUAGUUUUUUUAUAUGCCUGCAAACUCGUAUAGUUAUUCGUUUUUACAUGGUCUGGUCCAAGUAGUUGGAUUUUUUGUUUUUAAUUUUUCAAUUUUUUGGAACAAAAUUACAUCUACUUGAUUCAGAUGGCUACUCUAAUACGUUUUUUGAAUUUGAAAAACAACAUUAAAAAAUUUGGAGAAGUGUCAAUCAUUCAAACAAAAAAUUUACACAUUAAUGUGGUUCCUUUGACUACGAAUUCAAGCGUUGCAGAAAAAAUUUUCAACGAACAAUUGAAGAACAUCCACAAAUGUGAAGACGAUGAAUCAAAAUUCAAUGUAGCACACAAUAUCAUCAAGAAAGUGCUUUCAGAUAAACGUAUUUGUUUAGGAUCGUCAAUUGUUUCUGAUAGAAAUGAAGAAAUUAUAGAAUACAACCUGACUGGUGGAAAAUACAAACGAAUGAAAUUAUUUCUAAACGUAUGUCAAAACUUUACACCAAAAUCAAAAUUGACCGAUGAGUUUAUUUUGCGUUCUUGGAUCCUGGGUUACCUUCCAUUAAUGUUAACGUCUUCCCUCAUCAUAAUAGACGAUAUACUCGAUAAAUCCGAAACAAGAAGGAUGAAGCCCACUUGGUGCAGAAAAACCGGUGUAGAAGAGGCUUCUGGUCAUGCAUUGAUGAUGAGCAGUGCUAUGCAAAUCAUUUUAAGAACUUUUUUUUUAAAUGAACCUUACUAUAUGCCAUGUCUCGAAGUUUUCAACGAGUCAUUUUGGGCAGGUGAAAAUGUUUUCGCUCUGGAAUGCAAAGCUGUCGAUGUGCUUGGAAAAAACAAAAAAUACUGCACGUGGGAAACCUACGAUGUACUUUGCGCUGGUCUGAUGGCAAGUAACGCAUUUAAAAUGCCAAUAUUAGCAGCGAUGAAUAUGGCAGGUGUAAAGUACGAUCACGUUGCGGAAGAUUUGGAAAAAAUAUUUUCAGCAUUUGGUAUUAUUUCGUUAGUUCAAAAUGAUUACAAUGAUAUAUUCGAUAAAACCAGCGGUAAAGUACUCUAUGAAGACAUUAAAUAUGGCAAAAUGAGUUGGUUUGUGCUGACAGCACUCGAACAUUGCAAUUCAGAUCAAAAAGAAAUCCUGCAUGACUGUUACGGUAAAAACGAUCCAGACCGUAUAAAAGCUGUGGUUGAAGUAUACCAGCAACUGGAUUUGAAAGGAAAAUAUUUCAAAUACAUGGAAACAAUGUCACGUGAUAUUUCAAAUUUUAUAAACAAAAUCGAAGACGUCAGCAUGAGAAAACCUUUAUCAGAUAUGUUAUACCAAGCAGAAAAUUGGUACUCUGAUAUCUACGUAAAAUGAAUUCAAAGACAUCAAUUUCCAGUGCUGCCAACCCAAAUUUCCAAAAAUCCUUAGUUUCGGUGAAAAAAUCCCAGCUUUUACUAAAAAUCCCUAAAAAAAAUUUAUGCAUUGUAAAGCCUUAUAGGACCAUAUUCAUAGACGUUACUUAGGGAUCACUUGGUUAAGUGGUGAAUUUUGAUUCAAUUUUUCUCAUAAACGAAUAAAAAUGCCAUAUUUUUAAAAUGAUAAAUCAAUACUUCGGAGUCCAAUCUCUCAAUUUAUUAUUAAAAAUUUUUUCAAGAAUUUAAUCACGACCAGAAAAAUUGCUUUAAAAUUCAUCACUUGGCCAAGUGAUCUGUAAGUAACGUCUAUAAAUACGUGAGAGGUGAAAAUAUCUGGUCAUCCUCUUCCUAUCAGAGAUUUUGCUUAGGAAAAUCGCUUCAAUACAGGUUGAAUAAUGACCAAAAAUUCGGCAACAAACGAAGAGAAUUUUUUUUUGAAUAUGAGAUAAUAAGAAUCAUACAAAUGCCUCGUCUUCUCGAACUCUUAGUGAAACGAUAGCUCAACUUCUCUUAGAUAAUACCACGAAAAAUCCCCAAAAAAUCAUGAAAUCCCUGAAAAAAAUCUUCGAGUUUUCCAAACUGUUGAAAAAUCUCACAAUCUAGGGAUUAAUCCCUGAAGUUGACAACACUGCCAGUUUCCUAUCACUAGGUGUAACAAGGAAGCAAGUGCAACAUAGACAUAGAAUAUUGUUGUAGCAUUUUCAAAAGUACACUAAGUACUUAAUUUAUGAAGAAUCUAGGUCAACUUACGUGUACAAUUGAUCUCUGAACUAAUGACAACUUGAGUUACUGGAUUUGCCCCCAUUUACGGAUUACAGCACCGGUGCGUCAAACAAAAGAAAAUGAGGUGAAGUUCAAUAAAAAUAGGUAAUACCACAGUCACACUGACUACACAAUUAAUCUUUCUUUUUCAAAAACUUUCAUACCAAUUCACCAUAAAACUCUGAAAUUCUAAACUUGGAAAAUUGAAAUUCUAAAAUCUAAAUUUUAAAAUUUUCAAGCUUUCCAACAACACCUAAAAAUGUUAUGUAGGUGCUAUUAGUUAACAAACAUGGCAAUCAAAGGGGUACGUUCUACGUUCAAAAUGGUGAUUCCAAAAUUUUCCAAAAAUUAACCCCCCCCCUAUUUCUCAUUUCUGCCCCGACGCAAAACGUUUAUCGGGUUCAAACAGAUAUUUUACGAUAAAAAAGUUUUUGAAAAUAAUACUCAGUGGUUCCUAAAAUUCUUUUUUCAUUCACAACUUUGGGAACCCUUGGAGCCCAAAAAAUGGCCAUUUUGAGUCAACUAACCACGGAUUCGUAUUUGGGACAUUCAUUACAACAUUUUAGGAGUGGUUGAGUCGAUAAGUGUCUGGGCCCAAAAAAUGGCCUUAUCGCGACUCCUCCUUUACAUAAGCUUAUAGACAUCUAGAGUCAAGAUUGUAAACUAGUUUUAACGAUAGAUGUGUAAGCUGUAAAUAUUAAAUUGAAUAAAAUACCCCCACCACCUGGUGCGGAUUGGAGAACCCAAAAAAAAAAGUGAAAGACAAAAUUGUUGAGAAUAAUAGAAAGGUAAUACAUAAUACGAAAAUGUUACUUGGGUCAGUUAGUAAAGCAUAGGUAAGCUGAUGAGAAUACGAUACUUUGAAGAGGAAUGAAAUCUUGGUAGAAAAGUCAAAAGUGAUAGUUCAAGCCAGGGAUCCAAAAGUUUUCCUGCGGUCUCCCUUCUCCAAUUCCCUCUCCCCCCAAAAAAAGUCAAAGACGACCAACUUCAGCAAGUAUUUUUAAAUUUUUAGAAAAUUCACAUUUUCGUCUACUUGGAGCACAAAAAGAAAAUUUUAAAUUACGUAGAGAUAAUUUUUUGACAUAACGAAAUAAAUAAAUACAUAGUUAUGUAGUUACAUAUUAGCGAGGCUUGUUCGCCGUCGAUGAAUCAACAUCUCCCGCUGUUUUCCAACUGAGCAUAUUUGAUAACCAGUUUAACAACGCGAGUAUUAAAAAGAUGAUAAUUUUCUAUGAAAAUUCUCAAUGUUAAGAAAAAUACUGAAAAACUUAAAUCACAACUAAAAUACUAUUUCAAAUACCUAAUAGGUAGAUAGGUACAUCGAAACAAAACGAAAACAAAAACAUGGCACGUUGCUUCAACAAAAAUUCAACUGAGUCAUGCCAUCAGCUGAUGUUUACCAGAGGGUUUUUGCUUAUUUCUAAUUGUUUGCUUUUGAAUUUUUUUAUUCAAAUGUGAAGUUUAAAUUUUUUGUUUUUUGACAUACUCACUGCACUCUUUUCCAUCAUUUUUAUUGAUUAAAUAUGUAGUUUGAUGAAAGGUGUUUGAUUUAUAUUUUUCCAUACAAAAUAAAAAUAAAUUCAAAAAAUUAAAAAAA